AUGAAAGUAUCCAACGCUUUUUUUAUCUUCCAAUCGCUUGUCGUAUUGUACUAUUUCACACCAUGUCUGGCGCAAAGGAGGUACGUCAAUGCGGCUUCAGUGGAUUCAUUAAAGUCGAUUGACCAGGAACUGCAGAAGAAGAAAAACAAGAAGAAGAAAAUGGCCUUGUAUUCCAUAGGCUCCAUUGUGGCACUAGCAACAGCCAUAGCAGGUGGAGUAGGCCUAGGAAUGUACAUUAAUGAGAAAAAAAAAAAAUCAGAAAACGUACAGGAAAUUGAAAAGUCAGAAAACAAGACAACAGAAGAACAGGAUACACUGUUGAAUAAAUCUGAGGAUGCCAAUAUUGAGAUUAAAGGGGAUAGCGAAGAGAUUAUAACCAAGGUGAGCGUCCAACCCAGCUAUGCAGGAUUAGGCACACAGAACUUUAGUAAUAGGGAUCUUUCAAGUAUUGGCAACGUAUCCGAUAAUACCAAUAAUGGACCAGGUUUAAAAUCAGGUGACUUCCCUGAUUCUAUAUUUAGACAAAAUUUGGAUGAUAAUGAGUACCGACCUCUGAUGUUGGAAGAUGCCUUGGAUGACUCCCCACUUAGUGACCCAGUUCAAAGUGGACCUUCUAAUUCCAUGAACAGCGGAAGUGGUGACUCCAGUUUAAAUUUGUUUUAUGACAGCAGAAGAGAUAUAGGUAUAUAUGGACAGGACAGAUUGUUCAAAACUUUAGAUUCAGAUAUAGAACCUCUAAUUAUCCCUACAAAAUACCCAACAGUUGGAAAUAAAGAUGCCUCCCCAAGUGGUGUUGGUUCGUCUUCGAAUUUUUCAGAUGGACCAAGUACAUCUAGUUACUCUAGGUAUAACGAUUAUUCGCAAGGCAUUGGCAGCUCUACUCGACAUUAUAGCUCUUCUUCUAGCGGGAGCCGAGGAUAUGGCUUAGGUUCGCAUAGUGAUAUGGGAUAUGCAGGUGGUGUCCCCAUCUCUGGGCUUAGAGCACUAAAUAGAUGA